AUGGGAGAAUAUACAAUUUUAUGGAGCUUAUUUAUCUUUUGUCCCAGCUUGCAUAUUGAGCAAGUGCAUAACAGGAGACGAGUCAAUCUUAAAAAUCUGAUUGCAAGAUACAAGACUGAUAUUCAGAAGCUGCUGGCAUCUGAGUCUGAAAUUAAAGCAUUAUCAUUUAAUUAUGCUGCUUUGUUAAAAGAGAAAGAGGAACAACUUCAUGAACUGCAUCUACAAAACGAUUCAUUACGAAGAAGUUUGGAGGCCAGAAAAGAUGAUGGAAGCUUAUUGAGAGACGAGAGUCCAAGAGCCUUGUCUAAUAGCUCUGUUACACCCAAGGGUGAUCUGGACCGUGUUUCCAUGAAGUCUCGAAAGUUUAGGACUCUAGAAAAUUCUCACUCUGGAAAUUAUGCAUUGGGAAGUUCUGUUUCUAAGCAGAAUGGAUUUAGCUAUGGGAAUGCACUCCAAAAUCCAUUGGUAGAAUCUGCAAAUUCUGAAUUUCUUUAUAAGGAACAGGGAAUCAUACUGGACGAAGUCAAAUCUCUAAAAGAUGUACAGGCUGUUCAUCAGGCUGAAAUGAAAUUGCUGAAGGAACAGCUUGACAAAGAGCGAGCAAAUGCAUCACUCUUAAAGACCAAGUUGCAUGAGGAACACCAACUCUACGAAGCUUCUCACCGAGAACUCUGUAAUUUAAAAAAAGAUAUGGAAAAGAUUCCUGAGACAAAAAAAUUAGAGGAAGAGCUCAAUGGGACUUUGUCAGAAUUAAGAAGGCUGCAAGCUGAAGUGAGCAAAAAGGAUAUAGAAAUAGAACAAAAUGAAUCAGUAGAGAGUUUGAAAUCAGCAAUGCAGAGACUAGAAAAGGAGAAGUUUGAAGUAACGGCAGAGAAGAAUGAACUUUUAGAAAAGCUAAAUUCUUUUCUGAACAAUAAUCGAGAAAAGAAUGACGCUGAUAGCUCAGAAUUACUAAAUGCAAGCAAAAAUGAACCGAAUGAGGUAAGGUUGGCAUCAAAAGUUAGAGAGUUAGAGGAAACUCUGAAAGAGGCUUGCAAAGAGCGGGAUAGAGCUUUGCAGGAAUUGUCUCGUUUGAAGCAGCAUUUAUUGGAUAAGGAACUUGAAGAUGAGGACAAGAUGGAUGAGGACUGCAAGCUGAUUGAAGAGCUGAAGACAUUGACAGACUAUCAAAGGUCUCAAAUUUCGCAACUGGAGAAUUCUUUGCUGCAGGAAAGAAUGAAGACGGAGGAGUUGAUGAAGCUAAAAAGUGAUGAAAUUCAUCAGUCAAAUGAAACCAACAACGAGUUGAAGCAAAAACUUGCUAAUUUUAUGAGCAUAAUUGAUGCAAAGAAUGUUGAACUCCAAAAUCUUCAGACUGCCUUGGGACAAUACUAUGCUGAAAUUGAAGCUAAGGAGCGCCUCGGAAGAGAAUUGACCACAGCGAGAGAGGAAUCGGGAAAAUAUAAAGAAUUACUGAAUGUCGCCAACCAGUCUCUGGAAAUAUCUAAAAGAGAAAAUGAAGAAGUUAAUGCUAGACUUUAUCAAACCGAAAGAAUGUUAUCAGAAAGCAAGAGUUCCCUACAUAAGCUAGAGGAAGACAACUCGAAACUACGCCAUGCACUGGAGCGAAGCAUGACAACAUUAAAUAGGAUGUCACUAGAUUCGGAUAAUUAUGUAGACAGGUGCAUUGUGAUUAAAUUGCUGGUGACAUAUUUUCAGAGAAAUCAUAGUAAAGAGGUUCUUGAUCUUAUGGUUCGCAUGCUGGGUUUUUCUGAGGAAGACAAACAGAGGAUAGGUUUUGCUCAGCAUUCUGCAGGUAAAGGUGUUGUUCGAGGCGUGUUGGGUUUGCCGGGCCGUCUUGUCGGAGGAAUUUUAGGCGGAAGCACCGGGGCAGCAUCGUCGAGCACUUCUGAAAAUCAGUCCUUUGCAGAUCUAUGGGUUGAUUUUCUUCUCAAAGAAUCAGAAGAAAGAGAAAGAGGCGGUGCAGACACUUCCAGUUCUCAGGUUCCAAAUUCUGCUUCUGUAGUACAGUACGAGCCUUCUGCACAUCUUGACGCCGAGUUCUCUACUGUUCCCCUGACCGGGACUUCCGCAGCACCAAUUCCUAAGAGGUCUCCACCCGUGGGGUCACAGAGGUACUAAAUGAUGGUAAAUUUUAAUAUGAUCAUGUAGAUAAAAUCAUGGCAGGAAUACCGGUUGAAAGUUUGUUCUUCUUUUUUUAUUGAUUUUGGCUGUAUUCUUUCUCACUUGAAAUAAUAAGAUUGUUUCUGUCAAAAUUUAUGGUUUGAUGCUAAUUGAAAGAAUGAUGAUAAAAGAAGAGAAAAAUCGCAAACAUUAAUCUAAGUCAUUUACAUGUAUUGGCCAGUAUUAAAAACGGUAGAGCUCACUUGACACGUGACGCCU